CACUGCUGAUCUCACAUGGCCGGCUGGGCCGGGCGCCAUCAGCCAUUACCGUAUGGAGGUCAGAGGAGUCGGCAAAAACCAGACGGAAAUUUUUUUUAAUUUUACUUACAACCUUUCCGGUCUGACGCCAGGCACCCGCUACUCAGUCCAGGUGUUCCCUGUCAAAUGUGGGCGAGACCUCAACUCACAGGAGGUCUUCUUCCACACCAUACCUCACAAGGUCGAAAACCUCACUGUAAGCAAAGUGACAGAAACAUCUGUCUUUCUGAGCUGGAACAAACCGCCUGGAAAUGCAGAGUUCUAUCUUAUUUCUGAGGUUCAAGGUGAGGAGGAUAAAAGUGACACGGAGGGCAAAGAGGUCAGUGGUUUGACACCUGGAAGCCCUUACACGUUCAUCGUGCUCUCAGGAAUCGGCUCCAGACGGAGUGAGGCGUCUAACAUCACAGUGUACACAAAGCCCGGUAAAGUGACCAGCCUGAGUGUGUCUAAUAACACCAAUAGUUCACUGAUGCUUUCCUGGGUCUCACCUGAGGGAAAUGCCACAGGUUUCUACGUGCAGGCUAUGAAUGACAAUAAUGACGAAUUGUUUACAGCAAAUGUGACGCAUAACCCAUCUCAAACUCGGUAUAAAGUGGACAUACCAAAGCUGCCGGUGGGCACCAGGAUAACCCUCACUGUGACAGCGUGGGUCAACAACACUCUGGGAGACAACGUGACCAUCGUCAACUGCACCGCUCCUGGGCCGAUUUCAGGUCUGGAGUUGAAGGUAACAUCUGACUCCAUCAAUGCCACCUGGAAACCUCCUGCUAGUAAUUACACAAGCUUCACCGUCAAGCUCCUGCUGGAUGGCCACGAAAACGGUACAAAGAACCCACAAGAACUCACUGCUGACUUUACAGGCCUGAAGAAUGCAGCCAAUUACACAGUGGUGGUCUAUAGCAUCAUGUACCAUCUCCAAGGUCCCCCGGUACAACACCACAUAUUCACCAAGCCGUCCCCGCCUACUGACGCCAGUGCCACUUCCAAUAAAACCCACAUCACCUUUCAGUGGAAAGCCCCUGUAAACAUAGGGAAGGCCAAGUACUUCGUCCAACUCAUAUCCAACUUCUGGGGCCAAAACCGUACGGAUACCGUGGAUAAUAAUACCAGCUACACGUUUGAUAAGUUGAAAUCAGGGAGCAAGUACGAGCUUCAAGUGCAAACAGUGGCUGGUGAAGAGCGGAGUAUCCCAUCAAACACGUCAUGUUUUACGGAGCCGGAGCUAAGGGAGAUCAGUCUGUCCAUGUUAUGCUCCUCCUCAAAGCUCCUCUUAUGUGAUAAGGACAACGCGACGCAAGAUGUAUUCGAUGAGCUGCAAAAACGUCUUGAGGAGAAGUUGGGGGACAAUGUUCGGUGGAUCCUCACGAAGCAAAAAAGUGAAAACACUGCUGAAUAAUUUUUUUUAUCGCAUUUUUAUUGGUGAAGGUAUUUUGGAUGUGAGUGUUUUUGGCAAAA